GCCGAAGAGUCCCGGAGAUAUUCGGCUCGGAUGAAGGACGCGUUGCGCAUCGGACGUCCCUAAACUUUCCUGCGUGGAUAAAACGCGGAAACCCCGACGCCUCACCCCCCCGGGAACCGGUUUGGUUGCCAAUAAUGGUUUGAGUCUCUGUUUUAGUCCAUCCUGAACUCUCACUCGGCCCGGGACGCAGGGACGCUCAUCAAGGCCGCGCUGGUGAUCCCCGAACCUCACUUUGGGCACCACCCUUGCUUACAAUAGACCGCUCCAUCGGCUGUCUCCCGGCCUGCUGUGCGCUCCUUCCCCGCAGUGUUUGGUGAACAGUGCCAGCAGCAGACAUGAUGGAUGCGUCGGAGUGCGGGGUGAGAGUGAUGUGUCGCUUCAGGCCGCUGAACGAGGCCGAAAUCAACCGAGGAGACAAAUACAUCCCCAAAUUCAAAGACGACGACACCGUGGUCAUAACGAAUAAACCCUACGCGUUCGACCGCGUGCUGCCUCCCAACACGUCACAGGAGCAAGUGUACGACCAGUGUGCCAAACAGAUAGUGAAAGAUGUGCUGGGCGGUUACAACGGGACCAUCUUCGCUUACGGACAGACGUCCUCUGGGAAGACGCACACCAUGGAGGGCAAACUGCACGACCCCCAGCUGAUGGGAAUCAUCCCUCGCAUCUCCCACGACAUCUUUGACCACAUCUACUCCAUGGACGAGAACCUCGAGUUUCACAUCAAGGUUUCCUAUUUUGAAAUCUACUUGGACAAGAUCAGAGACCUGCUGGACGUGUCGAAGACGAACCUCGCUGUGCACGAAGACAAAAACAGAGUGCCCUAUGUCAAGGGUUGCACUGAGCGCUUUGUGUCCAGUCCAGAGGAGGUGAUGGACGUCAUCGAUGAGGGCAAAGCCAAUCGGCACGUGGCAGUGACUAACAUGAAUGAGCACAGCUCCCGCAGCCACAGCAUCUUCCUCAUCAACAUCAAGCAGGAAAACAUAGAGACGGAGAAGAAGCUGUCGGGGAAGCUCUACCUGGUCGACCUUGCGGGCAGCGAAAAGGUCAGUAAGACGGGAGCAGAGGGAGCCGUGCUGGAUGAGGCGAAGAACAUCAACAAAUCUCUGUCAGCAUUGGGAAACGUCAUCUCAGCUCUAGCCGAGGGAACAAAAACCCACGUGCCGUACAGAGACAGCAAGAUGACGCGGAUCCUGCAGGACUCUUUGGGGGGAAACUGUCGCACCACCAUCAUCAUCUGCUGCUCGCCGUCCAUCUACAACGAGGCCGAGACCAAGUCCACGCUCAUGUUCGGGCAGAGAGCCAAGACCAUCAAGAACACGGUGUCUGUGAACCUGGAGCUGACGGCUGAGGAGUGGAAGAAGAAAUAUGAGAAGGAGAAAGAGAAGAACAAGAGCCUGAAAACCAUCAUCCAGAGGCUGGAGGCUGAACUCAACCGCUGGAGGAACGAUCACGACAUCCUGCAAACAGAACUAAACCGGCUGCUGGCGGAGAACGAAGCCUCCAAGGAGGAGGUGAAGGAGGUGCUGCAGGCCCUGGAGGAGCUGGCCGUCAACUACGACCAGAAGAGCCGAGAGGUGGACGAGAGAGAGCAAGACAACCUGCAGCUGAUCGAGGAGCUGCAGCACAAGAGGGCGUUGCUGUCGGCCGUGCAGAGCGAGCUGAAUCAGCUGCAGGAGCUGAACGGCCUGCAGAGGAAGAGAGCCGGCGAGGUCCUCAACCUGCUGCUGCGAGACCUCAGCGACAUCGGCACCAUCAUCGGCACCAGUGACGUCAAGACCGCCACGUCCUCAGAGGCGAAGGGGAACGGCUCGGCGGUGGAGGAGGAGUUCACCGUGGCUCGCCUCUACAUCAGCAAGAUGAAGUCCGAGGUCAAGUCUCUGGUGAACCGCAGCAAGCAGCUGGAGAGCGCUCAGGCCGACGCCCACCGCAAGAUCCAGGCCAAUGAGAAGGAGCUGGCGUCCUGUCAGCUGCUCAUCUCCCAGCACCAGGCCAAGAUCAAGUCUCUGACUGACUACAUGCAGAACAUGGAGCAGAAGAAGAGGCAGCUGGAGGAGAGUCAGGAUGCUCUGACCGAGGAGCUCGCCAAACUGCACGCUCAGGAGAAAAGACAUGAAGUAUCGGGGGAGGAGAAAGAGAAGGAGGACAUUGGCAGGCUGGAUGGAGACGAUGACAUCAAGAAAUUGCUGGAGGAGCAGCUGGAGGAGCAGCUGGAGAGCCACAGGGAGGCCCACCAGAAGCAGCUCAGUCGCCUCCGAGACGAGAUCGAAGACAAGCAGAGGAUGCUGGACGAGCUCACAGAUCUAAACCAGGGUCUGUUAUUGGAGCAGGAGAGACUCAUGACAGACUACGACAAACUGAAGGCUGAAGAGCAGGAGAAGGAUGCAAAGCUCCAGAAACUCAUACUGCUGAAUGAACAGAGUGAGCAGGCCAGAGAGGACCUGAAGGGACUGGAGGAGACUGUGGCCAAAGAGCUGCAGACUCUCCACAACCUGCGCAAACUCUUCGUUCAGGACCUCACCACACGUGUCAAGAAGAGUGCAGAGCUGGACUGUGAAGAGGGACUUGGUAACGUGGCCCAGAAGCAGAAGAUCUCGUUCCUGGAGAACAACUUGGAGCAGCUCACCAAGGUCCACAAGCAGCUGGUUCGAGACAACGCAGACCUUCGCUGCGAGCUGCCUAAGCUGGAGAAGCGUCUUCGUGCCACGGCAGAGCGAGUCAAAGCCCUGGAGAACGCCCUGAAGGAGGCCAAGGAGAACGCCAUGAGGGACCGCAAGCGCUACCAGCAGGAGGUGGACCGCAUCAAGGAGGCCGUCCGGGCCAAGAACAUGGCCAGGAGGGGUUACUCUGCACAGAUCGCAAAGCCAAUCCGGCCAGGCCAUCAUCCACUGUCAUCCCCCAUCAGCACCUUCAGGGCCGGAGGCGUCUACACCCACAACUAAAACCACAACUGCAACAUAACUAUUGACCAUAAACAACUCGACGCAUGCCCACCGCCCCACCUGGAACCACAAGCCCCGCCCCUCCUGUUGGAGCACCAAUGGGAGGCCAUCACGACAGACUGUCACCAUCAUCCAAUCAUCCAUACUGUAUAUACCUUUAAGAGAUACAACAUAUUUAAUUUGCUGAACAUCAUGGCCUCAUUUAGGAAAUGUUGUUGCUUUACAUCUUAAAAACUGACCAAUCAAAAUUAUUAUAGAUUUUUCAUUUAUGCAACAGAAUAAAUAAAGCGUAACAUUUAUAAAUGAGGCCCUGAGUUUCUUUCUGAAGGAAGUGAAAAUCGACAAAGCUUGAAGCGUCAGGAAGGAAAGGAAAGGCCUGUAGAUUUAUAAUUUAAUCUUAAACCAGCAUUCAUGCAUUUAAAUGAGUAGUUUUAAAUGAGAAGAUUGAUACCACUUUCAUCUUUGUCCAUUCAGUAAGAAGCAGCAUGCCAUAAAGACUGACUGGCUUCUAGCUGAGAGUGAGAUGAGAGUGGUGUCAAUCUUCUUGUCAACCUAGAGUCAAACUGAUGUCAUGUUUUUUUUUGGGGGGGGGGAUUAACAGCCUGUGCCAUUGCAGCUAACGCCUUUUGAGUUUCUCACCUUGAUAAAGUUGGAGGUUACAGCUCGAGUUACAGCUCGAGUUACAGACAGCGAAAACAUACUGACACACAGCUUGUUAAAUUGCCGAGUAUUUGUUCCCUCGCUGAAAAGCCCCCGGUUGCAUUUCUGUACUAAAACCUUGUUGUCUUUGAAGUUACUGUUACCUCUUUUGUCUCCCUACAGGUAACAAUCACAAAAAAGAAACACUUCUAGAAGUGUGUCCCAGUUUAUAUCUGAAUAUUCUGAGUUGUAGGACGCUGCUGUUAAGUCAAAAGGAUUGUAUCGUACUGUAGUCCUGCAGAGACACUGACCAGCCAAUCAGCCGUUCCCUGGGACUCAGUACAGUACUACAGUCUGGUUUGUUAUAACAGCAGGAAAAAUCUCCGUAAGGCUCCUGAUCAGCCAGUCAGUAGAUCUUAACACAUGGAGAUAAACACCAAAAAUAAUUAUUAAUUUAAUCCCGAACAAUCCUUAAAGUCUGUUUUUCACUCUGCCACACCUUGUGCCUUUAGAAACACCUGAAUCACCAGAAUAACAGACUUCCACUGAAUUACCUUAGUUCAGCAUCUUCAGAUUUAUAAGAGUAACUAAAGCAAAAGAUUGUAAUCGAUGAGGCCCCUUUAUUCGAUAUAUUUAAAUGUCUGUGCUGCUUUCCUUCGUGCUGCCAGUUUAGCAUGUUUUUGAAUGCACACUAUUAUGGUCAGGUGAUACUUUUGGUGGCAGAGAGCAGUGAUACAAAGGGCAACCUUUUAGGCAACAGAGCAUCAGGAUUGUUGCUUUCAUUGCCCCGGAUGUUGCCAAUGACUAUCACAACUCUGAGCCCCAUUAUCAGCUUCUUUAUUUGACGUUUGUGGCUGUUUUGAGUGAGCGGGACGGCUGCGGUCACACUGUACAUGACCAAUAAAUGAAUG